GGUCAGGGUGGAAGGGAAACUCAAAUAGCUUCCUUCCUUUACCCCACUCAAAUAGCUUGUUUUAUUCCCCUCCGAUUUGAAGGGUAAGAAAGUUAUGUGAUUAAUUAAUCAGUAUUCUUUUGCCAAAACUGAUUGAGCUAUGGAGCAAGUUCUUCCCACCGUCGGAGGAAGCGGAGAAACCAGCUACGCUUCCAAUUCGAAGAUCCAGGAGAAGUCGCUGCAGGCGACGAUGCCCAUGCUGGGCUACGCAAUAAGAGAGAUCUGCUUGUCGCUGCGCCCGGCGGAGAAGCUGGUGGCGGCGGAUUUGGGAUGUUCCUCGGGGCCCAACACAUUUCUGGUCGUCUCCGAGGUGCUCAAGGUCGUCGGAGACGGUGUCGCUUCGCGAGAGGCGGCUAGUCCUGAUCUGGAGGUCCAGUUCUUCCUGAAUGAUCUCUUCGGGAACGAUUUCAACCAGGUUUUCCAGUACCUCGACGAGUACAACAGGAAGAAGGAGGAGGAGGAGGGGGAGGAAGUGGGCCGCCUGAGGGUGCCGUACUACGUCGCCGGACUGCCUGGGUCUUUCUACAGGAGGCUCCUCCCGUGUGGGAGCGUCCACUACUUUCACUCCUCUCACAGCGUCCAUUGGCUCUCUCAGAUGCCUCAAGGAAUCGAGCAGCUGAACAAGAGGAACAUCUACAUAGCCGAGUCAAGCCCGCCGGAUGUUGUAAAAGCCUACCAAAAUCAGCACCAGAAGGACUUCUGCCGAUUCCUCGAGUUCCGGCACGCUGAGCUGACCGACCAAGGAAGAAUGCUUCUUUUGCUUCCGGGGAAGAAAAACCAUGAUCUACCUUACCAUGGAGUUGCCCAUCUCUUCCGGCUUUUAGCUCAAGCUCUAAGUACUUUAGUGUCUAAGGGAACGAUAACAGAGGAAAAACUUGAAAGUUUCAAUGUGCCCCUUUACUACCCUUCCUUGGAGGAGAUAGAGGCAGUGAUUAGCAGGCAAGGGCUGUUUGGCAUGGAACGAACAGAGAUGUUGGAGGUCAAUUGGGAUCCGUUCGAUGAUUCAGAGGACUUCUCGAGUGUUGAUGUGGCACAGAGCGGGAAGAACAUCGCCAAGUAUAUGAGGGCAGCGCUGGGGCCAAUGAUUGCGCAUCAGUUUGGAGAGGAGGUGUUGGAUGAGGUGUUCUCCAAGUACGCUGCUAAUCUUUCAGAGCACCUCCUCCAAGAGAAGACCAAGUAUGUCUUAUUGAUCAUUUUGUUGAAGAAAAAGGUUUGAGGGGCGCCGGCCUUUAAUGAUGUCAAAUGUUCUGAUGCAUGAUCUUGAGGAGGAUGGAGUGAUGACUAAAUAAUGUCGAAGUUCAGGUUCUUAGAGAAUAAAAUAAAUAAGAAAAUAUUUUGUAAUUA